AUGCGGUCCAUGGGGGAGCAGCACUCGGCGCACGAGGCGCGCGGGGGGGUCGGCGUCGGGGACGCCGCUGGCGCAGCAGGCAACGGGGACGGGGAGGCGUCCGCUGCGAUGGAGAACGCGCCGGACGAGGGCCGCGACCAGAACGACGUGGAGCAGGACGACCCCGGGGACCAGAACGACGUGGAGCAGGAUGACCCGGGGGACCAGAACGACGUCGAGUUGUCUCCUGGGCGGCGCGGGGCGGCGUCCGGCGCUGGGACGCAGGACGAGGCCGGGGACAACAUCAGCCUGCUGCCGUCUGCGCGGAGCGGGCAGGGCGGCGGCCGCGGCGACGCGGCGGGCGACGGUGGAGCGCAGGGCGGCCCGCCGCACGCAGCGGAGCGCGCUGCCGGCACGGCGGGCGCAAAAGUGGACCGCCCCGCGCGGCCGAUGCAGUCGUGCAACAACGACGCAUUUGCGCACCCGGCCGGGGCCACCGCGGCGGCAGUGCCGGCACCGCCCGCGCCCGCCGUAGCGCAGGGGUCCGCGCCACCGCGGUGGCCAACCCCCCCCGGGGUGUCUGCGCCGAUCGACGAGUCCCCCGUCCCGCAGGCCGCCGUCUUCAUCAAGGGCGCGCCGUCGCACCCCGGGUCGUCGAAGGGCGCGGCUGGCACGGACGCGCCGGGCCGGCACCAGGGCGGGCACGCUGGCGUCGCCAUCGGCCACGGCAGCGGCAACGGCGGACAGCGCGUGGCGCCGAACUCGGCGGGCGGCGACCUCGCGGCGCUGCUGGCGCUGGACCGCGCCGGGAGCGGCAACGGCAACGGCGGCGCGCGCGUGGACGGCACUCCGCACGUGGACAACGCCGUGGUCGUCGAGAACGCCGCUGGGCACGACAGGCCGUCCCCGAACGAGGCCGCGAUGUCCUGCCAGGGAUCGAUGGGCGCUGCGCCCGCGACGCCCGUCCCGGACAUCCCGCCGCGCCCCCAGGCGGCCAUGUACAUCAAGGGGGGGAGUCAGCUCGAAGACCCCCACCCCGCGCUGUCCUCGCCGCCCCCCGCGCGGCGCGGAAGGCCCCUCGCGGCAGGCGCCGCCAGGCAGGGCGUCGGACGCCGCUCCAGCGGCGGCAACGACGAGAUCGCGGGCGAGGUCGUGGAGGUGGCGGGCUCGACGCGCCGCGCCGCCUUCACCCCGGGCAAGGCGCUCUGGGCCGGCGGGAGCGGCGGGGACGCUCCGCCGGACGCCGUGGGCUCCAUGGCGGACUUCGCGGCCGAGGCUGUGGGCGAAGACGAGCCGGUGGUGGACGGCAACGACGGGUGGUCGCCGGAGGCCGACCUCGCGGGGGGCGACGGGGCGGGCCGGGCGCGCGGGGGCGUCACGCGGGGCACGCGGCAGGCGUCCCGCAUGGGCGCGAUCGUGCUCGGCAGCCCCGGGGCGUCGUGCGGCGGGCAGCACGCCGCGGACAAGCGCGCGAGCUCGACGAUGUGGUCGGACGGAGGGCCGGUCGGCGGGUCCGGGCGGCAGUCGCGGGCGGCGCGCGCCACGGGCGGCCGGGACGCUGCGGAGCCGUCGCCCGUCGCGGAGGCGGCCGGGAGCGGCCCGGACCGCGGCCAGCAGGCGGCAGUGGUGGCCAUGGAUCACAGUGCGGGGGUUCCGCACCACCACCACGCGCACGUGCACCGGCGCACGCACGGCGUCGCGGACGAGAGCCCCGUGAACGCGGUGAUCGUGGGCGCGCGGACCGUGGAGGGCGACGACGUGGUGGGCGGCGAGGACCCCCGCGGGGUGCACCACGGCAGCAACGGCGGGCGCGGCGACGGCCCGAAGCAGGCGCGCGCGCGGACGACGUCCGGGAGCCGCGGCGACGCCGGGCCGUCGAAGCGGCAGCGCGUCGGGUCGCCGGCGCCGCCCGUGGCGGCCCCCGCGGCCGCGAGCCACGGUCCCUCGCACGUCCCGGAUCCGCAGGCGCACCCGGCGUGGGCGCGGGCUUCGGCGCACGGUGGCAGCACGACCUCGAUGGGCCCGGCCCGCGCGGCGCUGGAGGCCGGCGCGCAGCCCCAGACGAACCACCUGCCUGGGGCGUCGCAAGGCGCGGCGGCUGAGAGCGGGGGGAGCAAGCGCGGCGCGGACGGCGAGGGGAUGCAGUCCGGCGGCGAGGACAUGGCCGGCGCGAUCGAGAACGGCGGCGGCGUGGGCGGCGGCGCCGGGCACGCGGCCACUGCGGCGGCGCUCAUGCGCCGCAGCGUUGGCGGCGUGGGCGGCAGCCGCGACAUCGGCAAGGCCGUCAUGCGCGUGCCCGGCGUCGGCGGCGGCGUGGGCGGCGUCGGAGGCGGCGCUGCGGCGCCGGAAUCGUCGAAGGACGACUCCAGGGAGGCGCGUGCUGUGCGUGACGACGACGCGGUCGAGGUGGGCGGCGGCGGGGACGGGCGCGUCGGCGAGGGCGGCGACGACGUCGCUGUCGACGAGGACGCCGCGGGCGGCAGCGACGGCGAGCCGCGGGAGCGCGCGCGGGGCCGCAGCGCGUCGCUGAACUCGCACCUCGUGGCGGCGAGCAACAGCGGCACGCGCGGCGGGCGCAUCGUCGUGCACCCCGGCCUGCUGAUCAAGUCGCACGCUGCGCCGGCGGCGGUCGCGGACCUCGCGCGCGACGGCGACGCGGGGGGCCGCGGCGACGGCAACGGGCGCCGCCGGUCGGACGCCCCGCAGAACGCUGUGGUCGCGGGCGGGACGCCCGCGGACGUGGGCGCGCAGCCCUUCGACGGCGCCUCGCGGCACGGCGACGCCGUGCGCCCGCCGAUGACCACGCCCGGGGACGGCAGAGGGCUGCAGCCGCUGACGAUGGCAGGCAUGCUGGCUCACGCUGCGGAGCGCCACGCGACGGGCCUCGCGAACCUCCUGCACAGCUCGCCUGGCCAGCAGGUCCGCGUGGAGGCCUGGGAGCAGCGUCCUGCGCGCGCCGGCGAGGCGGCAGGCCCGCUCAUCAUCGACUGGUCGCGCGGCAACAACGGCAGCCGCCGUGUGGCGGUGGCGCCGCGCCCGGGCGCCGACUCGCGCAUGGGCGACAUCCGCGGCGAUCAGGACGACGAGCCCCCGCCGUACGCCGCGCCUUCGACGGGCGCCGGGCGCGCGGGGUCGACGACGGCGUGCCUGGACGGCGCGGACCCCGUCGGCGGUGCUGCGCGCGCGGCGCGCGUGGCGGGGCCGGUGCACGACGAGGGCACGCCGCACGGCGGCGCCCGUGGCGACGCGGACGGCGACGGCGACGGCGAGGGCCGCGACGGCGGCGACAUGGGCCGCGCCAUCCACCCGCAGUGUGCGGAGGUCGCGGACGGGCUCGGCGUCGGGCGCAUGACAGACGUCGCGGAGGGCGGCGACGGCCCGCGGCAGCCGACGGCGUCUGCGCUGGGCCGCAUGGUCGGCGCGCGGACGGGCACGGGCGGCGCCGGCGACGCGGUGGCGGCGCGACGGGCGUCGGGCCCCGUCCCGCGCCCUCCGGCCUCGACGGACGCGGUCGUCGCCGGCGACGCGCCGCUCGACGGCGCGGUCGGCCCUGCGGCCGCGAACGGCGACGCGGACCGCGCGGGCGAGCCGGACAACGAGCGCCUGCGCUGGGAGUCGAAUCAUGCCGUUGCGCAUGGCGGGUUCCCCCCUGCAAUGCACUCGUUCUGGGCGACGCUCGGCGGCCCGCUCGUCGCGGCCGCGAUCCAGCAGGGCGUGCACGUCCCCGGCAUCGUGCCGCCUCCGCCGCCGUGGCGCCCGGGCAACAGCCAGGCGGGCGCGACUGGCGCUGGCGCGCACGGCAUGCACGGCGCCGCGCCGGCGCGGCAGCAGCCCGCGGCCACGACCUCGCGCGCGUCCGCGGCGACCGGCUCGGCAAUGCAGGGCGGCAUCGGCCAGAACUGCCCCGAGCCCGCCCCAACCGGCAUCUCGGGGGGCAUCCUCGGCGGCGCUCCGCACAUCGUCCGCAACGCCCUGCAGGGCGCGUCCGCGUCCGGGCAGGGCCUGUCCGGCACCGCCGCGGGCCGCUCGCGCAGCGGCUACUACCAGCAGCCCGGCGGCAACACGCCCGCUGGCGUGAGCGGCGGCCUCGAGGCGCUGAACACGCUCUUCGCGCAGCGGGCGGGCGCCGGGCCGGCGGCGUCCGGCGCGAACCACUCCGGCGCGGCCAGCGGGGGCGGGCUGCUCCUGGCGUACUCGCUCGCGGAGGCGGUGUCAUAUCAGCUGCACUCUGGGGGCGAGCAGAACCAGGUGGGCGUGCUCGGGGAGCUCGCGCGGCAGGUGUCGAGCCACCUGGCGGCGUCGCGCGGCCGCACGCCCGCGCGGUCGAACCUGCGCGCGAGCGGCGAGGGCCCUGUGUCGCCGCCGCUGCCGAAGCCUAGCGGGAGCAGUGCGGCGGGCGUGGGGGUGCCCGUCCCGGUGGACGCGGGCUCGGCCGGGGACGACGACAACGGCGGCGAGAACGGCUCCGGCGACCCGUCGCCGUCGCCCCGCAUCCCUGCGGGGGCGUGGGCGGGGAGCUGGCUGCCCGCGAGCGUUGCCGGCGCUGCGGCGUCCGCCGAGCGGCCCGCGCGGUCGGGCGGCGCCGCGGGCGCGCUGUCGUGCCGCUCCGAGUCCAUGCAGGGCCAGAGCUCGUCCGGGCUGCCCGACGAGCGCGGCAGCAAGCGCCGCAGGCUGCUCUCGAGCACACAGGAGUAG